CCCUCUGGGCGGGAGCCUAGUCCGCGGUGAAAGACGCCGUCUCGGAAGGCGGGCAUGCGCGGGGCCAGCUCACGUCUGCGCCUCGACGGGCGCCUGGCGGGCCCUUUCGGAGAGUGAGCGCGGCGGGAGAGGCGGGCGUCGGGGAGGGCAAGACCGGGCAAGCUGCAGGGAGGAGGGAAGCCUCCAGAAGCGGGAAGAAGAGCGCAGCGCAGCCUCGACGGUCUCCCCUCCGUCGAGAUUCCAACACUCCGCUCCCUCCUUCUGCCGAUCUUCACUUUCUUUCUUUCUUUCUUUCCUUCCUUCCUUCCUUCCUUCUCCGGCACCUCCAAACCAGUUCCUCCGGUCCUCCUCCACCUGGGUCUUUCCCUGCUCUCCGCGCCGUCCCGUCCCCUUCUCCCCCCAUUUGGGGAGCGGAGGAGCCUCCCUCUCCCUCUCUCCAACCCCCCCCCCUUCCAACCUCCAAGUCGUCUCCAGCAGCCUUUGCGCUCGCUUGAACAGCAAAGCGGGGAAUGGGAUCCCGACGGUCAGCGGCUCCCCUUGGGCGUGUGGAAACCUGAAGGCGCCCGUCUGGCUGGGAGAGGAGGAGGGGUGCCCCCCUCACCCCCGAUGCCAAGGGGCAGGAGGACGAUGGCCCGGGGCGCAGCGAGGGCGCCGUAAAGAUGCUGUGAGUGGCACCAAGCCCUCAAGUGAAUGACACCCCCGAGCAUCUUCCUGUCCUCUGAGACAGAGACGAAACACUUUCUUCCGUGAGAAAGGUGCCUUCUCCUUGCUCAUCCCGUGGAGAAGCAAAGAUGCAGCCUGAGAUCUGCAGACGUCCCAAGGAGCCUAGACUUCUGGGCACGUGAGCUGGGAGGAAGCACCAUCCCCAAUAAGGGACAGGGCGGCAGAAAGCAGCUCUCGCUACAGAAAUAAAGGACCCCUUCCUUCCCAGGCUGGCUUGCGUCAGGGAGCAUCACAGCAGGACGCCAGCCUGGAAGGUCAUGAUUAAAACCUGGGAUCUGCUUAGCUGUGAUUGAAGAAAGCAUUGAACCCACAGGUCCCCGCUGCGCAGAGAGUGAUGCUUGUUCUGUUCCAUGCCAUGGUCACGCCACUGCUCUGCGUCAUCCGUGCUGCCCCCCUUCCCAGCGCCAGUACCCAGUCCAACGCCACCGAUGUCCUCUGGGCCGAGACCGCCCUGAGGGACUGGGACCUCUUUUCUCCGCGAGUCACUCUUUCCAACAGCGAACCGGCAGAGCCGCCCUUGCUUUUCCUCAUGGAGGACUCGAACGCCCAGCCGGCGCAGGCCGCAAACCGGACUCUCAGGUCCAAGCGGUCGUUGGACGGAUCCCUCCGCCGGGGAGAAAUGUCGGUGUGCGACAGCGUCAACGUCUGGGUGACCAACAAGCGGACAGCCGUCGACAUCCGCGCCAAAACCGUGACGGUGCUUUCCGAGGUCCAGACGCUGACCGGCCCGCUGAAGCAAUAUUUCUUUGAGACCAAGUGUAACCCGGCUGGGGGCACGGCGAGCGGCUGCCGGGGUGUGGACCGCCGACACUGGAUCUCCGAGUGCAAGGCCAAGCAGUCGUACGUGAGGGCCCUCACCAUGGAUUCUGACAAGAUUGUGACCUGGCGCUGGAUCCGAAUCGACACCGCGUGCGUCUGCACCCUGCUCACUCGUACCGGUCGGACGUAGGGAGUACCGGGAGGCAGGCGACUGGUAAUCUACCUUUGUCACUUUGGCUACUGAAGAGAUGGAGCAAUGGGACCGCUAGGCCCAAGAUGGCCGCCCUUUGGCCAAGAGGCAUGUGCGUGGUUCCCAUUGGACAAGAAGAAAGGUGUGUGGUCCUGGCUGAUUGGCAGGCCUCAGGCUGCCUUGUCUGGCUCUGCUUGCGCCCCCUUGAAGUCCCUGUCAACAAGAUUCAUCGUCGCAAACGUGGCCAUUUGCUGGACGGGAGAGACGUUGUUGCUGCACUUCUACAGUGGAGAAGCGAACUUUAAGCAUUAUUGAGAUGCAGCCAGGCAGACUUUGUGGACUGGAGGGGCCAUGAAGUGGUCCUUAGUGGUCAAAACGUCAUACCUAUCACAUGUGUCAGGGCACUGGUGUCUUGUGGGUGCUGCUUUAGAGUCACUCAAACCUGCCUUCGGCUGCCUCUCUCUCACACACACACCAGUGCUGCCAUUGCACCCUUGUGGUGCACAGCGGACUCCAGAGUCCUUCCCUCAGCGCAGUCUGUGAGAUCAGGGUUUUUCCGACUGCCUCCCCUCGGGGAACCUGUUCCAUCUUGGCGCAUUUGCCAAAGAUUCCCUGCGUGUGCACGGCAGGUGGAUCCUGGGGAAUGUUUUAGGGCGUGUUGUCUGUACACGUGUGGGCACCAACCACGCCUGCCAGGCCUCGCCGCUGCUUCGUGCACACCAGAUGUGCCGUCUGCACAGCCUCAGAUGCACGCAGCCUCAAUGCAGGCGCCGAAUCUGCCGCUUUGCAUGCGCCCCACUUUCCCUUCCAGCUGACGAUUGGAGUGGGAGAUCCAUUGAAUCUGAAGUCCAUCACGACUGAUAUACCGUAUUUUUUGCUCUAUAAGACGCACCAGACCAUAAGACGCACCUAGUUUUUGGAGGAAGAAAACAA